CAUCACUCAUUGCCCGCACACACACAGCCCGUCCGAGCUGCCGAGAUGGGACCCAGGCAAAUACGCGUAAAGAAAAGCCCAAUCGGAGGUAUGAUCUCUCCAUGUGACUGCUGAAUGUGUCGCGGGAGUACAGUCAACGGAAGCCGGCUCCAUCGAUGGAUGAGCUUGCACCUCCGGAGUUUUCGCGAAAUCGGUGGCAAGAUUGCUUUUUGCAGAGGAAAUACGCCUUCCGAGCCGGAGAACCACCAAUCAGCCGCGGAGAAAGAUAACCAAAGAUAAACAAGCCUUAUGAUAAGACACAACUCUCAGGUUCACCCCGGCCGUGUGCAGCCCUAGAUAACGAUCAUGCUGGCCUGUAUCCAGAGACGGCAGAAUCUCUCGUUGCAGAAUCUGGCCUGCGUACCCAGAAGCCUUGAUGGUCCACCACCGGCGUUGCUGCUGUCGGUUCCACCACUGCAGCCGUGCACCCACAAAGGGAAGCCAGCCUCCAUGAUUUCUCGGUACCCUUCUCCUGCAGAGUUGGAUGCUUUUGCCCAGAGGACCGCCAAGAGCCCGCUGUCCAUCAAAAUCUUUCAGUCCGAGGUCCGGGUGCCACAACACAAACAGCUCAACAAAACGGUCAACGGGUUAGACACCACAGGCCAACACCACAGCCCCUACUCGCACCAGUACUCUGGAGGCCACCAGGGGCUGUUGGCCGUCAUCAAAGCCUCUGCGGUGGUCAAAGGGCUGGUGAAGAACUCCGAGGGCAGGAGGACUAAACACGCAGGCGCCCAUACCUCUCUGCUGCCGUACGAUAAUCCUCUGAACAGCGGCUACCCGGCCAGACACGGGCACAAGGCGUAUCACACGGGCUCGUGUAAGCCGCGCGAUGUUCCCGCUGAGAGCCUUUGUCCCGGCACGGGGGUGGCCUCCAGAGACCAGAGCCUGGCCCCCCAGUCGGAGCUGGCGGAGGUUCAGAGCCUGAUGAGGCAGAUGAGCCGAGUUCCCCACAGCCAGGCCCCGCAGCUGGGGGGGGAGGCCCGCGCCAGCCCCUCCCUGCAGGCCGUGGCUGCGGUGGCGCACUCGGACGCCGACUUUGCCCCGGGGGUGCCGCCCCAGAGCGGCCCAGCGUUCGCGGGGGCCGUGCUGCCGACGCAGAGCGCCGACGCGGCCAAAGGGGGCUACUUGGAGGAGGGAGACUACGCGAUGUGGCAGCACAAACAUCAAGUUCAGCUCCAGCAGCAGCAGCAGCAGCAGCAGCAGGCGCCCUAUCAGCAGGCAGCAGUGAGGAUGUACAGUCUGAGCAACGGAGAGUCCCCUGGAACCUGCCUCCGCCUGCCACGCUCCUCCUCCCAGCUGCCCUACAGGCCUCACCGGGAGCCUGCCGGCGGGCCCGCCCCGAGCCACGAGUUCCCCGUCGGACGGUACUACGCCCCCCUGUGGGAGGGCGUCGUGGCCGCCCCUCGCGGCGACCGUUACGCUUCUCAGGUGCUGGAGACGGGCGCGUGCGCGGCCAGGCUCAGGGACCUCGGGCCGCCCCACCCCCGGCUGCAAUUCGCCGCGCCGGCGGGGCGCCAGCCGCAGCUGCACCCUCCCAUCCCUCCCCACGCCCGGAACCAGACCUACGGCACGGACCAAAACCUGUGUUGCGGGGCGCGCGGCCCCAGCGCAGCAGUGCUCAGCAGCAGCCUGCAGUCUCUGGAGUGCCUCAUCAGUGAGAUCCAGCCUCCCUGCAUCAAAGAGCGCAUGCUGGGCCGCGGGUACGAAGCCAUGGGGAUGCCUCAGCUCCUGGAGCACCAGCAGCAGGCCCACAUCCAGCUCCCCGUCUACAGAUGA